CUGGCAUCAUACCUCUCGGCUCAAGACACCUUUCGCCCUCGCCCUGCUUCGCUCAACAUUGAAGCUUCUUCUCCCGGGCAGAGGUAAGAAGCUUCAUAAUCUUGCCUGGCCGUCCUUGAGUCAGCGCUGUUGGAUUUAAUCUUCACCAAGCUCACCGCCAUACGCCAAAACCUCCCCCAAUACUUGGCCACUUCGUCGCACCAAUCCCCCCGCCAUCACCAUAAUGGUGCGCCUUCGAGAUAUCCCCCGAACGGCCGCUUUCGCCUGGUCGCCGGACGCCGGGAAGCCUUUGUUGGUAACCGGAACCCGUGCCGGUGCUGUUGAUGUCGACUUCUCCGACGAGAGCAAGCUGGAAAUCUGGGAUCUGGCUCUCGAUGACCAGCAACAAGGCCUAGAGCUCCAACCCAUUAUCAGCAUUACCACCGAGUCCAGGUUCUACGACGUCGCCUGGAGCCCUCCCGACGAUGACCACCCGAACGGCAUAAUUGCCGGUGCCCUUGAGAACGGAUCCCUGGACAUGUGGGACGCCGAGAAACUCAUCGAUGGAGACUCCGAUGCCUUGAUCUCCCAAACUGUGAAACACACUGGUGCGAUAAAGGCUCUACAAUUCAACCCCAUAAAGCCCCAGAUCCUCGCCACUGCCGGCGCCAAGGGCGAGCUCUUCAUCUACGACGUCAACGAUGUCGCGAACCCCUUCCGGCUAGGAAAUGCUCAGGCCCGUUCCGAUGACAUCGAGUGCCUCGCAUGGAACCAGAAGGUUUCUCACAUUCUCGCAACCGGUGGAUCAGGAGGAUUUGUUACGGUGUGGGACUUGAAAACUAAGAAGGCUUCCCUGACGCUCAACAACAACCGCAAGGCCGUCAGUGCCAUCGCUUGGGAUCCCAACAAUUCGACAAAGCUUUUGACCGCAACUCCAGAUGAUAACACCCCCAUCAUCAUGCUUUGGAACCUUCGAAACUCAAACGCUCCCGAGAAGACCCUUCAGGGCCAUGAGCAAGGUGUUCUGUCGUUGUCCUGGUGCCAACAAGACAGUGAACUCCUCCUCUCUUCUGGCAAGGACAACCGAACAAUUGUAUGGAACCCUCUGACUGGAGAGCGUUAUGGAGAAUUGCCCGAGGUUACGAACUGGACUUUCCUCACCCGUUUCAACCCCCACAACCCCAACCUGUCGGCAACAGCCAGCUUUGACGGUAAAAUCACUGUGCAGACACUACAAAACACCAACCCCGAUACUUCGAAGGCUGCGGCAGAGAAGAACCUGGAUGACGAGGACUUCUUCCGAGCUGCCCAGGAUCAACCCCAGGAUGCUUCAUGGUCAUUAAGCAAGGCACCCAACUGGUUCGAGCGACCCAUUGGUGCGUCUUUCGGUUUUGGAGGCAAGCUUGUGGUUUUCAAGGCGUCUCCUUCCCAGGCUGGCCAGAAGCGGUCGUCCAAGAUUCUGAUUUCCAAUUUCUCUGUUGAUACUGAGGUUUCCUCGGCCACCGAGAAGUUCCAGGAGGCCAUGGUCUCCGGUAAUGUGUCUGCCAUUUGCUCGGAGCGAGUUGAGCAGUCCAAAACUGAGGAGGAGAAGGCUGACUGGAAGGUCAUGGAAACUCUUGUUGGAGACAACCCUCGGGCCAAGAUUGUUGAUUAUCUUGGCUUCAGCGAGGAGGAGCUCGCCAAUGGAGCUAAGGAGACAAGCGACGACGAGGAAGAGGAGGAGGAUGACGACGAUGAUGAUGACGAAGAAGAUGAUGAUGAUGAGGCUAAGCCCGAGGUUAAGGCUGAGGAGAAGAAGAAAAAGCGCCUCUCCAACUUCUUCAGUGGAACUGAGAAUGACGAUGGUGAUGACUUCCUUUCCGAGCUCUCCGCCACCAAGGGCGCCAAGACCGACAACCCUUUCCACCUACUCAGCGACAGUGAUACUUCUAUCGAGAAGACCAUCACAAAGGCGUUGAUGUUGGGUAACUUUGCCAAGGCCACCGAUAUCUGUCUGAAGCAGAACCGGAUGGCCGACGCAUUCCUUAUUGCCAACUGCGGCGGUCAGGAGCUUAUAGACAAGGUUCAGGCCGCCUACCUCGCCCGCAAGAGUGGUAUGCCCAGCUACAUGCGUCUCCUUGGGUCCGUCAUCAACAAGAACCUCUGGGAUGUCGUCUACAAUGCCGACUUGGAGAACUGGAAGGAGACCAUGGCCAUCGUCUGCACCUUCUCUGACCCUACCGAGUUCCCAGACCUAUGUGAGGCGCUGGGCGACAGAAUCAACGAGCAAGGACUGCGAAAAGACGCCUCUUUCUGUUACCUCGUGGGCUCCAAGCUCGAGAAGGUUGUGUCCAUCUGGGUUGCUGAGCUGGAAGAGGCAGAGCAGGCUGGCAUUCAAGAGCCCUCUGAUGACUCGACCUUUUCUGUUCACGCCAAGUCGCUGCAAAACUUCAUUGAAAAAGUCACCGUCUUCCGCCACGUCACCAAGUUUGAUGAUGGCGAAAAGGGGCUGACCUCGGAUUGGAAGCUGGCGACUCUCUACGACAAGUACACCGAGUAUGCCGAUAUUCUUGCUGCCCAUGGUCAGUUGGAGGUUGCUCAAAAGUAUCUUGAUCUUCUGCCGUCCACCUAUCCCGCAGCUGAGCUCUCCCGGAACCGCGUCCGGUUGGCGACCAAGAAGCCUGCCCCCCAAGCCAGUGCCAGAGUGCCUGCAUCGUCCACCCGGACAACAUCGAGGGUUGCACCCACGAUGGGAUACCAAGCUCCUCAGCCUGCCCCAAUUGCGGCUGCUCCCAACCCAUACAGUGCCCUCAGCCAAACCCCCGCUCAGCGUGUGACCACCGCAUCGCCGGCGCAGCAGUACAUGCCCCCUGCAAACCCUUACCAACCCCAGGGUGGCUACUCGCCGCAAAUCGGUUACCACCCCCCUGCUCAGCCUGGGUUCAUCCCCACUGGGCCUCCGCCGAUGGCUGGACCUCCUCGGAACUCGACUCCCCUGGCGCCACCACCGCCCAAGGCCAAGAGCACUGAGAACUGGAAUGAUGUGCCUCUCGUGACCAAGGUGCCGUCUAGGAAAGCGACUCCCAGCGUCGCUCCCAUCACCAACCCUUUCCCGGGCCAGCCUCAGGGUUCGUCUCUGCCUCCGCCCCCGGGCUCGGGUCCUUACGGUCAGCGAACUGGCUCCACGCCGCCGCCGCCGCCGCCCAAGGGACCGGCGCCUCCUCGAGUCCAGUCUCCCUUGGCUGGCCCUCCCCAGACGUUCCAGGCACCUCCUCAGUCGUUCCAGCCUCCACCUCAGCCGACAGCUGCCCACAACCCCUACGCACCUCCUCCUCCCGCUGUUGGGGCCGGCCCCGGCGUUAUGCCGCGAACGGCCUCGCCGUACAACGCUCCUCCGGCCGGGGCUCCGCCUUCCAACAGAUACGCGCCGGCCCCCUCGGCACAGGCCCAGUUCAAUCAACCAUCGUCAAUGCCGCCACCUGGGAACCGACCUCCUCCUGGAGGCUCAUUCGGUGCUCCUCCCCAGCCGUCCGCUCCUCAUAACCCGUACGCGCCAAACCCGUAUGCCGCUCCUCAUAGUCAGCCCACUGCGCCGCCAACUGGACCUCCUACCGGUCCUCCCCCUGUGAACCGGACCGGUCCUCCCCCUGCCGCACCCUCACAGUCAGUGCCGCCACCACAACCAGCUGUUCCCCCACCCAAGGCGAGGCACCCGGCUGGCGAUCGAUCACACAUCCCCGCCAAUGCCCAGGGGUUGGUCGAUGUUCUGAGCCAAGAUAUGCAGCGUGUGGCUUCCAAGGCACCUGCUACCUUUGCGCCCCAGGUCAAGGACACACAGAAGCGUCUCAACCUGCUCUUUGACCACCUCAACAACGAGGAGUUGGUUCAGCCUAACACGGUCGAGCAGCUGACACAACUGGCCUUGGCACUUCAGUCCAAGAACUACGAUGUGGCCCACAGGCUGCAAGUUGAAAUCCAGCGGGACAAGACGGAAGAGUGCGGUAACUGGAUGGUUGGUGUGAAGCGAUUGGUCAGCAUGAGCAAGGCUACUCCGUAGACGGGUGUCAUGUCAUGUCACAGUAUGUCGUAAUUUGAAGUGGCAAAUGGAAGCAUUUCCGUAGCCAUAGGAGUGUUGAAUAGUGUAGCUCAGGCAGUAUGACAAGGGAUGACUCACGAAGCACACCUAUGCUGAAUGACAACUAGACUAGAAAAUUAUAUGAUGAAAUGUGUUCGCCCGUGGGUUCGUACUGUUAUCGUGCGUAUUGUGUCGUGGGUGUAUCGUGGCAAGGUUCGAAAACAGAGUCAACCCG